CGCCGAGCUCGGCACCACCAUCACCAAGUCCGGCGGGGACUACGCCUACAUGCUGGAGGUGUACGGCUCCCUGCCCGCCUUCCUCAAGCUCUGGAUAGAGCUGCUCAUCAUCCGGCCCUCCUCGCAGUACAUCGUGGCUCUGGUGUUCGCCACCUACCUGCUCAAGCCCAUCUUCCCCACCUGCCCCGUGCCCGACGAGGGUGCCAAGCUGGUGGCCUGUCUAUGUGUCCUGCUGCUGACAGCUGUGAACUGCUACAGUGUCAAGGCUGCCACCCGUGUGCAGGACGCCUUCGCUGCUGCCAAGCUGCUGGCGCUGGCUCUCAUCAUCAUCCUGGGCUUCGUGCAGCUGGCAAAGGGUGAUGUGGAAAACCUGACCCCUCAGAAAUCCUUCGAGGGCACCAAGGUGGGCGUUGGGAACAUCGUGCUGGCUCUGUACAGCGGCCUCUUUGCCUAUGGAGGAUGGAAUUACUUGAAUUUUGUGACAGAAGAGAUGAUAAAUCCCUACAGGAACCUGCCCCUGGCUAUCAUCAUCUCCCUGCCUGUGGUCACGCUGGUGUAUGUGCUGACCAACUUGGCUUACUUCACCACGCUGAGCACCGAGCAGAUGCUGACGUCCGAGGCUGUGGCCGUGGAUUUUGGGAACUACCACCUGGGUGUCAUGUCCUGGAUCAUCCCUGUCUUUGUUGGGCUCUCGUGCUUUGGGUCUGUCAAUGGAUCUCUUUUCACUUCUUCCCGGCUGUUCUUCGUGGGAUCCCGAGAGGGACACCUGCCCUCCAUCCUGUCCAUGAUCCACCCCCGGCUGCUCACCCCCGUCCCGUCCCUCGUGUUCACGUGUGUCAUGACCCUGCUCUAUGCCUUCUCCAACAACAUCUUCUCAGUCAUCAACUUCUUCAGCUUCUUCAACUGGCUGUGUGUGGCCCUGGCCAUCAUCGGGAUGAUGUGGCUGCGCUACAAGAAGCCAGAGCUGGAGAGGCCCAUCAAGGUGAACAUCUGCCUGCCCAUCUUCUUCAUCCUGGCCUGCCUGUUCCUCAUCGCCGUUUCCUUCUGGAUGACGCCCAAGGAGUGUGGGAUUGGCUUUGCCAUCAUCCUCAGUGGGAUCCCCAUUUACUUCUUCGGGGUCUGGUGGCAAAACAAGCCCAAGUGGGUUCUCCAAGGCAUCUUCUCCACCACCGUGCUGUGCCAGAAGCUGAUGGAGGUGGUUCCUCAGGAAUCCUAGGCAGGACAAGCAGGGACUCUGAGCUCGAGGAAACGCACAAGGUUAUUCUGAGAUGACA